AUCGUCACCGGUGUAGGAACGCAUCUGCGCAUGCGCACUGGGUCAGCGACACGUCUCGCUGCGAAUGUGGGGAAAAAAAAUUAAAUAUUAGUUAUCGGAAGGUUUUGUUUUUUUCUAAAUCGAGAGAAAAUAGUUUUGGAGAAAUCAAACGAUGGGUGGUUUACUGAGUUAUUUCAGAAAUUUACUGGGAAGCCGGGAAAUGCGAAUUCUCAUUCUGGGGUUGGACGGCGCAGGAAAGACCACCAUUCUGUACCGGUUACAAGUGGGCGAAGUAGUAACUACAAUUCCUACAAUUGGUUUUAAUGUUGAACAAGUUACAUAUAAAAAUUUAAAAUUUCAAGUUUGGGACCUUGGAGGGCAAACUAGUAUAAGGCCAUAUUGGAGGUGCUAUUUUUCUAACACGGAUGCAAUUAUUUACGUGGUAGAUAGUGCAGACAGAGACAGAAUCGGUAUUUCCAAGCAAGAACUCGUUUCCAUGUUAGAGGAAGAAGAGUUAAAAAAGGCAAUUCUAAUGGUGCUGGCCAACAAACAGGACAUCGAAGGUUCCAUGUGCGUGGCAGAGGUGCACCAGGCGCUGGGAUUGGAUGCCUUGAAAAACAGAACGUUUCAGAUAUUCAAGACUUCGGCUACCAAAGGAGAGGGACUGGAUGAUGCCAUGGAUUGGUUAUCCAACGCUCUUACAAAUACCAAGUGAGACAUUUUAUAGCAGCUUUGAUUAUUCCAAAGAGGACCACCUCGCGGGGGCAUCCGUCUCCGCCGUAACGUGAUCGUCUCUUUUCGUCGGGAAGGUUUUUUGGACGGUUCGACCGGCCGGGUUCCCGGGCCCCGACCCCCGAGACCGGCCCGUUUCUAGUCUCCCCGUUUCGUUCCCGGCACCGCUCUCCGAUCUUCCCGCGUCCGACGCGGAGCGAUCGGACAGAAAAUGAAUUUUCUCUCUAGUGUUUGUGCAAAAUGUUUUUUUAAAAUAAAAUGUAUAGAAAUAAAAUUUACAAAACAGAGCAUCUGAUUCAAAAAGGGCCGCAUUUCGAUAAACGACGUCUACAAUACAUAAACCAGUCUUGCCUGGGAAUCGAAACUGCCGUUUCGGCAACAAAAAAUAUUUAUUGGGUGACGAGCACAAGUCAUACACACAAAUUAAUAAUGUACUGUACAUAAAUGCAUUUAAGCCAUCAUGACCGGUUUCUUUAUUUCUGCUUUCAGACUUUCGUUGGUGCUGGAGUAGCCCGUUCCUCCCUAGAGAAAAAUAAAAAUGAAGAAAGUGAUUAAGAGUUUCUAGUAUCAAAAAUACAAGCAUCCAUAAAAUGGAGAAUUAAAUUGUACAGA